AUGCCCGUGGACCUGGCCGUGCGACUCUGCCUGAGCCAUUCGCCUCCCAUCCGCAAGCUGCUGAACUCCUACGAGGAGCUGCGGGGCAACCGAGGCUGCAAACCCCUCCGAUCCUGUCUCAACCAGAAGCUGAGUGCAGAACCUGAGCCGGAGCAGCAAGACAGUACCAAGAGCUCGAAGGGCCAGAAGAAGAAGCAGGUCGUGUUUGCUGAUAUGAAGGGGCUCUCAUUGACAGCUGUCCGCUUCUUCUCAAAGAUUGAGGAGGACCUCUGUGAUUUGCAGCAUGCCCUGUCAGACCUUGCCUGUUUCCGACCUAGGCUGUGGGACUUAUGCCCAGAAGCGUGCAGGUAUGUGCUGGAUUUCCCACAGCCGUCUGCAAACUAUGUGGCUUUCCGCAACAGCCUGCACAGAAACUUUGUCUGCCUGGAGAGCUGUGUGAUCCAGGAUCGUGCUCUGUCAGGGACAGUGAAGGUUAGGAACAUUGAGUACGAGAAGAAAGUGAUGGUCCGCAUCACCUUUGAUGGCUGGAAGAGCUUCCGGGACAUCUCUUGCCAGUACAUGCACAGCUCAUACGGCUCAGCUGACACAGACAUCUUCUCUUUUGAGCUUACCCUGCCCAAGCCAUCCAUUUCCCAUCGGGGCACAGAGUUUUGCAUCUUCUUCCAGUGUGGACAAAAGACCCACUGGGACAACAACAGUGGGAAGAACUACAAGAUCUGCCACGUGGGCAUGAUCCGCCCUGCCUCCCAUGCUGUGAAGAGUGCCAGCAGGGCCUGGGAGCAUCUUGGCACCUCUGGGACUGCUGCUCUAGUCCUUUCUCACCUGCAGACCUGGCAGCAUUCAGAGACGCAAGCUCCUUAUUGGUAG